AUGUGGGUUAGGGGUAGGAUUUUUUCAGUACCUCCUCAUAUCUAUCCUCACUUCAUGUUUCUCUCGCCUCCAAUCUAUUUAUCUAUUUUAUUUUUUUUCUCUCUCUCCAUAUCUAUCUAUCUAUCUAUCUAUCUAUCUAUCUAUCUCCUUCUGUUCAUUAUCUAUCUAUCAGCUGUUCAGAUCUAUCUCAGUCUGUUCACAUCUAUCUAUCUAUCUAUCUAUCUAUCUAUCUAUCUAUCUCUUUCUUUUCAUUAUCUAUCAGAUGUUCAUAUCUAUCUCAGUCUGUGGAGAGCCAGCAAUUAUUCUUUCUUGUGGGGCCUUACUUUGUCUGAUGGCAUUAAAUAUAGACUGGGUACUUUCUACCCAGGCGAGAAGGUCUUCGGUAUGCAAUCACUUCAUCCACAAAAGGACGAAUCUCUUCCCGAAUAUUUUGAUGCAAGACAAAAAUGGCCUGGAAUGAUCACUGAAAUUCAAGAUCAAAGAGACUGUGGUUCAUCUUGGGCCUUCUCGACUAGUGCCGUUGCUUCCGACAGAUUGGCCAUCGGCUCUUCUGGUGACAUCAGAGUGAAAUUGUCACCACAGAAUUUGCUGUCUUGCGUCGGAAUUCAGAGUAAUAAUUGUACAGGAGGCAACAUUGACCAAGCUUGGUGGUACCUUCGUAGAUUUGGUGCUGUAACUGAAAGUUGUUAUCCUUACAAAGCUAGAGAAGAGGCCUGUCCAUUCCCCAGAUCCGGAACGCCAGAUACCUGUCCUAGUGGCAAGUAUUUCAAGGAACAUAUGACAUUCAAGAUGACUCCUCCGCAUCGAAUUCAAGCUCAUGAAACUGAAAUCAUGAAUCAGAUUUAUCAGAACGGACCCCUCCAAGCUAUCUUCACUGUAAAAGAGGAUUUCUAUGCCUACAAGUCGGGAAUCUAUCGACACACCGGUGCAAGUCAAAGUUUGCCUCAUAUUUAUCAACAAACAGGCUAUCACUCUGUCAGGAUCAUUGGAUGGGGCGUUGAUAUUCAGCCCAAUGGUGCAAGAACUAAAUACUGGCUUUGCGCUAACUCUUGGGGUACUCACUGGGGUGAGAACGGUUACUUCCGUAUCCUGAGGGGAGAAGACGAAUGUGGUAUCGAGUCCUUCGUCAUUAGCGCCUGGCCACGACUUCCAAGGAGAUAUCACGCGAACAGACGAGCCCGUAGACAUAUGGAUGAAAAACUUAUUUCUAAAUUACUAUUCGGAUCGAAAAAGCAUUAA